AUGCAGUUCACUACUACUACCCUCGCUCUUCUGAUUGCUUCGGCAAAUGCCUCUCCUCUCCUGGGCCUCAAGCUCGGUGGCCUCAACGUCGGCGUUGCUACUUCCAGCGCUCUGUUGGACGUGAGCGUUGGUUCCGGAUCGGGUUCUGCUGCGAAGGCAUCCACUACGUCCACCAUCACCGCUGCGCCAACCGCCGCUUCCACUGGCCAGCCGACGAUGCCAUCGAGCUUCUCUGCCCCAGUCCAGGGUCACGGCGUGCUCUCUCUUGAGAACCUUCCCGCUAUGCCACCUGUCAUUGACAAGACUCUCUCUGGUGUUCUCGGCGCUGUUGUCGGUCUCCUAUCUGGAGUUUGCAACACCGACCACAAGUGCACCGUUACUGUCGCAGGCUCUCUCGAGAACCUGCUCGUGGACGGCGACAAGUACUCCAUGAACAACACUGUUUCUGCAUGGUGCGCUGAGGGCCGCUGCUACGGGUCUGCCGAGAUUCCUCUUUCAGCUACCGCUCCCUUCGUCAUUACUUGCGACCAGAUCUCUGGCCACAAGGCGUGCUCAGCCACCAUUUCGGGUAUUGCCCGUGCCAUCUUCGCCAACGGAGAGCAAGUCGAACUUUGGGGCUGGUUGACUCCUGCUGGAUACUGCAAGAACGGUGUUUGCACUGCUUCCAUCACCGCUGUUGGUGACCCCAUGUACUAA